ACCAGAACACUUCACUGAACUGAGGGGGUAAUUUUCCGCUACCUUUAGAAGAAUACUUCAUAAUUGUGAUUUCGAUGUAAUUAUGUGUCUGUUUACGUCGCGCACAGAAAGUUUGUACGUGUGGUUCUCUAUUGAAAUCUCUUAGAAAGAAUGCUUUUUAUAGACGUUUUUGUUCUGACUCCGGAGCAUCACCAUUCCUUCCAGAAUUUUGUACUGGAUCUAAUAUAAAUUAUAUAAUUAUCGCACUGUACAUACAGUGCGAUAAUUAUGUGAUGAGAUGGUGGAGAUUGUUGAAUAUAAUUCCACCUUCGAUAAUUCCACUGCCAAUAGUCAGGAAGUGAUGAGAGCGGAAAUCAAUACUGAACUAAAAAAUUCAACAGAUCAUCACCAAACCGACAGCAGACGGUCAUCCACCGCGCAUAAUAAGACAGACAAACCAUGGAUUCCCGCGCGCUACAUCCUCGUCAUCCUGGCCUUCUUCGGGUUCUUCAACCUGUACGCUCUGCGCGUUAAUCUCAGUGUGGCUAUCGUGGCCAUGGUCGGCAAUGCCCCGUCCUUGAACGCCAACACAUUGACAAGCGAAGAGUGUCCACUGCGUAACUCAACAGGUUCCUCUUCGUCGUCUGCUAAAGGAGAAUUCAAUUGGGACAGCUACACACAGGGGAUCAUAUUGGGAUCAUUCUUCUACGGAUACAUCUUCACGCAGUUGCCUGGUGCGUGGAUCGCUAAGCGUUUCGGACCCAAACAGCCUUUCGGACUCAGCGCGUUCCUGGCAGGAUUGCUGGCGCUGUUGAUUCCGGUAGCUGCGCGAUGGAGUUAUUGGGCGCUAAUCGCGGUUAGAGUGUUGCAGGGAGUUGUCGAGGGAGUGUGCUUUCCGUCCAUGCAUACAAUGAUGGGUAACUGGGCACCUCCUCUGGAGCGCACAAAAAUGGUUACUUUCGCUUACUGCGGAAUGCAUCUGGGUAAUGUCGGAGCGAUGGUGCUGUCGGGAAUGAUCGCCGAAUCGUGGGGCUGGGAAAGUGUAUUUUAUUUCUUCGGGGCAUUAUCCUGCGCAUGGUACUUUGUAUGGCUCUGGUUUGCUUUCGAUACCCCGGAGAAGCAUCCGCGCAUUUCUGCUCAAGAGCGGUCAUUUAUUGUUUCCUCUAUCAAUCAUUCCAAAAGUGGAGAGGUCUCCCACAUUCCUUGGAAACGACUGCUCUCCUCCUGGCCGGUGUGGGCCAUUUGUGUUGGGCACUUCGGUAAUAACUGGGGUUUUUACACGCUUCUGACGAGUCUGCCAACGUAUUUCAGCAAAAUUCUUCACUUCAGUCUGAAAGAAAACGGCACCGUGUCCGCAUUGCCGUACCUUGUCUUAUUGGCAUCGAUGCCUAGCAUGGGAUACAUUGCAGAUCGUCUGCGCCGCAAGCACCGCUACAACACCACAUAUAUCCGGAAAAUAUUUCAUUUUGUUGGCCAGUUACUGCCUGCUCUAUGUCUGAUUUGUGUCGGUUACAUCGGAUGUGAUGUGUUCUUUGCUGUGUUGCUGCUGACUAUUGCCGUUGGCAGCACGUCGAUAGCUGCUUCGGGAUUCCAGGUCAAUCACAUCGACAUCUCUCCGGCGUACGCGGGCAUUCUCAUGGGCAUCACCAACACAGUUGCCACCAUUCCCGGUAUCGCUGGUCCAUAUGUGGUGGGCCUGGUGACGAAUGGACAGGAGGGACAGACGGUGGCGCAGUGGCGGAUCGUCUUCUAUAUUUCCGCGGCUGUCUACGUGGUCACGGCGCUCUUCUACGUGAUCUUUGCUUCGGGUGAGCCGCAGAACUGGGAGAAGAAAAAAGCAGAGACACCUAACGACGAAGAGUAGUUUCGAAUCUUUGAUGACAGGAGAGGUGGAUUUUAGAUCUUUCUCUGGAAUCUCUUGUUGUUUCUUACAGAUGUUGCUGUAUUUUCUCUGUUCCAAUGUUUUUUUUAAAAUUUUGUACUUGACAAGUUUUAAAGAAAAUAUUUUAAGCAUUUGCUAGCUGUGUGGAAAUCUUUGACCGGUUUCGCUUUGUGGAUUAUUGGUGAGAUAGAAGCAUAUGAGAGUUACAAUGAAUAUGUGAUUGUAAUGAUUUAUUCUCAUUCCUAACAGCAGAAGCGAUAAUCAAA